CAACAAGAAUUACAUCGAGCUCAGGUCGAUCAAACUACCCUCGCCUGGGUUACCUGUGGUGUCGUUUGCGCUAUUCAGAGCACUGGAACCCAGGCUCUUCAAUAGGGCGUCACAACAAGUGCAUAUUUUGGUUCGCUGCUUUCUUCCAUCUUCAUUGUGUUGUAGUAAAGAUGUGAAUCGAGAUUUACUCUGCUAUUGGAAAUCAUACCUGCCAAAAAAUACAAUAGUAUCAGCUACUACUUCGGAGUUCGUCCAUUUUAUAAGGAUUACCAUGGCUGCUGAACCGGAUUUCGCAGAGCAAGAAGUGGAGGAAGUACAAAUGACGGAGGAAGAGCUGGCCGAAGGCUUGGAUGAAAAAGUGCAUGCGAGGGAAAGAGAAUAUCUGCCUUUUCUUGAAGCCUGGGAAAAUGAACAGGAAAGCUUCCUCGAUAAUGAGACAAAAAGAAGGACAGAAGAUAAAGAAGUUAUAUUCAAAGAAUGGGCGUCAAAAGAUGAGAUGGAGAAAGAGCUGUUUCAAGCAGAAGAACUUAUGAAAGCGCGAGAUACAGAGAUUAAAGAGAUCGAAAAACAUCGGCAAUUACUUCUUGCUAAACAAAUGGAACGUCUUGACGAGCAUGACAAAGCGAUUAAGGAAUUCAUGAAUAAACAAAAGGAAAGAUAUGCGCAAUUGCUGCAAGCUCAGGAAGACAGUAAAGAGGCGUUUCGACAAAAACGAAAGAGCGAAGAUGAGGUAACUAGGAAACGAGAAGAAGAAGAGAUAGCGAAGCAGCAGCAAAGAGUUCGUGACGCAGAAAAAGCAAGGAUGGAAGAAGAAAAACGUUUAUUCGUGAUAGAACAGGAACGAAUCGAGCAGGAGGAAACUAAAAACUUUACGAAACUACAAAAACGCCAGGAAAAACAAAAGCAACUCCAAGAGGAAGCUCUGAAAGCGGCCCAGGCUGAACUUGAGAAGGCGUCAAGAAGACUCGAGCAACGGGGAAAGACUCUUGACAACUUACAGAAAGAUGAAAUUGCUUAUAUCCAAAAAUAUAAAGAAAUACAGGAAAGGAUGAUUAGAGAAGAGAAGGAACGCCUGCAAAAAAUGGAGGAGGUAAGAAAAGGUGAAGACGCUGAAAUGGCCGAGAAAAUCAAAAAGCGGUUGAGGAUACAAGAAGGGGAACGAGAAGAGAGUUCUCAUUUGCAAGAAACGUGGGAUCAAUCGGUGACUGAUUUGCAGAUUCGAAGUAUGACUGAAGCCAGGGAACAACACGAGACUGAAAUAAAUAAUAUUGGUUUAAACGAGUUUUUAGAGCACGAAAAGAAAAAAUGGAAGCAAACAGAGCAGGAGAAAAACAGUUUCCAGACACAAAGAGAGGAGGCUUUGCGAAAAAGAAGGGAAGAAGAAGAGAAAAUUCUCAUUGAGCAACACAACAAGAGAACGGAGUGGCAAACUAAAAUGCAAGAGGAAUGGGGUAAGUUCAUGGAAGAACUGAAGACGAGGGAAGCUGAGAAAUUGAGAAAAGAUGCAGAAAAAACGAGAGCCCUUGAGGAAUUACGGAAAGAAGAGGAACGUAAAGCAUUUGAAACAGCAGAGAGACGGAAACAGCAGCAGCAGCAACGCCAGAGAGAAGACGAAGAAGCCCUUAAAAAAGCCGAAGAAGAGAUGAUGCUUCAAGAACAUAAACAACGUGGACUUGAACGGUCAAAGCAAGAAGCACAGCGUUUGUUGGCUUUACAGGAACAGCACUUGAAAGAAGAACAAGAAAUAAAGAAUGAGGUGGAAAAGGAACGCCAAGAAGAAGAGAAAAAAAGAAUGGAGAUAGAAAAGCAAAGGAUGGAAUCUGAAAAAAAGAGGAUAUUGGAAUCAAAACAGAAAAGGAUAGAAGAAAGCAAGGAUACAAUCCACGAUAACGAAAAAUUCUUGGAAGAGCAAAGAAAGAGGUUGGUGGAGAAGGUCAAAAACGAAGGAGAAGAAGAGAGAAUGUUACACGAUCAACGCCAGAAGGAAGAGGAACAGUGGAGAAAAGAAGGGGUGGCGAGGCGUGAGGCCGAGCUUGAAGCGAAAAAACAAAUGAUGAAGAAUAUGGAAGAAGAAGAGCUGCGAAUUCUGAGAAAAACUAGACAAGAGAGAGACGAAAUCAUAGGAGAAAUGGGAGCCCAAUUAGACCAAGAAUAUGGCGGUACGAAUGCCCCAGUCCAAGAAAAUCGACGUUGUUGUAUAAUAUAAUAUGCGCAUGCGUAACUAAAUACUGAACUGAAAUAUAAACUGAAGGAAGUGCACUAUAAUCAAACAAAAUUGGCUGUAAUUUAAAAAUUGGUUCUUGUAUUUAUAAAAAAAAGACCCACACCUA